AUGUCGAAAAGAGCACAGUUAUUGGAGAAUGAAGCACUUGUACGGGCAUGGUGGCAGGAAGGACGAGUAUACGAGGCCUCUGUGCCAACAUCUCGAUCCGUCGAGAAAUACUUCUGCACAUUUCCAUACCCGUACAUGAACGGCCGACUGCAUAUAGGCCAUGCUUUUAGUAUGUCAAAAGCUGAAUUUCAAGCUAGGUUCCAACGAACUCAAGGAAAAGCGGUACUAUGGCCGUUCGGUUUGCACUGCACAGGAAUGCCUAUUAUGGCUUGUGCAGACAAAAUUAAAGCUGAAAUGAUCGAUUUGAACAAACCAGAACCACCUGCUGUAGUACAAGCUGAGCCCGAGGUUACAGAAACUGCUCCAGAACAGACCCAGGAAAAAGAUUGCACAAAGUUUAGUUCUAAGAAGACCAAAUUGGCAGCAAAGUCGAAUGUUAAGAUGACACAAAUGGAUAUCAUGCGCCAUAUGGGCAUUAGCGAUAAAGAGAUACCGAAGUUCGCCGAUCCACAACAUUGGUUAACAUAUUUCUCACCGUUGGCUGUUCAGGAUUUACGGAGGUUCGGUACAUCUGUCGAUUGGAGACGUACAUUUAUCACUACUAACCGAAAUCCAUAUUAUAACGCAUUUGUAGAAUGGCAGUUCACACGUAUGAAAGCAUUGGACACGCUACAUUUUGGAUGUAGACCAUCCAUUUUCAGCCGGUCUGUCAUGCAGCCCUGUGCUGACCACGACCGUGCUGAGGGUGAAGGUGCAACUGCACAGGAAUACACCGUGAUAAAGAUGCGAUUGGAAGAUUCACAAUUUCACAUUCUGGAUAACAUAGACCCGCGCUACAACAACUUCAAGGAUGUACUAGCUUCCAAGCAAAUCUUCUUAUUGGCGGCAACAUUGAGACCCGAGACGAUGUACGGACAGACAAAUUGCUUCGUGUUACCUGAAGGCAAUUACGAGGUGGUUCUGGGUCUAAGUUCCGCAAAAUUGAAGUUCAAUGAUGUUGGGGUGGUGGAAACCAUUGCUGAUAUUGAGGAAGCAGUGAAAACAUCUGAUUGCUUAUACGUUACAUCAGGACGUGCUGCCUUGAACAUGGCAUACCAGGGUCUAGUGUUAUUACGCCCUACGGAUUCAAAAUUAAGCGAAUUACAUACCGUAGCGCAGUGUACCGGUAUGGAUUUGAUAGGGUCCGCCCUUAGGAGCCCUUUGAGCGUACACGAACGCAUAUACGUCCUACCCAUGCUAACUAUCUCCAUGGAAAAGGGCACUGGUAUAGUGUCAUGCGUACCUAGUGAUUCACCCGAUGACUAUAUCACUUUGUCAGAAAUACGCAAGAAGGGUGCAUAUUACAAGGAGAAGUACAACGUAGAACCCAUACACUGUAGCCUGGACAUUGUUCCGGUGAUCGACAUACCAGGAUUGGGUAAAUGUGCAGCUGAAUUGGUGUGCCAACAGGAAAAGGUAGUGUCAAGUAAGGAUGCUGUUAAACUUGAACGUUGUAAAGAGAUACUGUACAAACGCGGGUUUUACGAAGGUGUGAUGGCGGUAGGACCUUACAGCGGGAGGAAAGUAUCAGAUGUAAAAGAUACCAUUCGAGAGGAUAUGGUACGUGCUGAAAAUGCAUUUGUAUACUACGAACCGAACAAACGUGUGGUUGCACGUGCGGGAGAUGUAUGCAUUGUUGCACUAUGCAACCAGUGGUACACCAAAUUUGGUGACCCCGCUUGGAAACAACGGGUUAUGGAACACGUAAACGACCCUGAAAGGUUCACUUGUUAUUCCGAAUCGGCAUUAAACCAGGUUAAACAUGUCGUUAGCUGGCUAGACAACUGGGCUUGCAGUCGGUCGUACGGGCUUGGGACAGUAUUGCCAUGGGAAGAUAUUAGUCAGAACAAGAAUUCAUUGAUAGAGAGUCUUUCUGACAGUACAAUAUAUAUGGCAUACUAUACAAUCGCUCAUUAUUUGCAAGGUGACAUAUUCGGUACAACACCCGGCUCCAUGGGAUUGCAACCGAAACAGUUGACACCUGACGUAUUUGAUUAUGUAUUUCACCUAAGGGACUCUGCUCCAGAACAUCUGGAUGAAUUUACAUGCGAGAAGCUGAGACAAAUGAGAGAUGAUUUCUCAUACUGGUACCCAGUUGACCUACGAUGUUCUGGUAAGGAUCUAAUAUUCAACCAUUUGACAAUGAGUCUGUUUGUACACAAUGCAAUUUGGAACGGUGUAACGUCAAUUGAAGCCAUGCCAAGGUCAUAUCUUUGCGUCGGUCACGUCCUUGUGGAUUCUGAAAAAAUGUCAAAGUCUAAGGGCAACUUCCUAACGCUUGAAGAUGCAAUCGCUCAAUACACAGCGGACGGAACUCGUGUGGCAUUGGCAGAUGCCGGUGAUGGGUUAGAUGAUGCAAAUUUUGCUAAGGAAACGGCAGAAGCAGCUAUUUUAAAACUUCAUACCAUAUUACAGUCGGCACAAUCUGACAUGGAACUUGCAGGGCGAUCAUCUAGUGGCAGUAGCAUUUCGGAAUAUGCCAAGAGCGUCUUCUUGAACGAAUUAUGUGUGCUUGCAGAACGUACCAAGGAGGCUUACACAGGAUUCAUAUACAGGGAUGCUCUCAAAUACUGCUUCUACGACUACAUUAGUGCCAGACGGAACUACUUGCAGAUGUCGCAGGGUGACCUCGACUACGAAGCACUGCGGUUGUACCACGAGACGUUCUGCCGUAUCGCUAACCCUAUUGUGCCUCAUAUUUGUGAGUACAUUUGGCGCAAGGUACUGAAUAACAGCAGUUCACUGGUUGGCGAACUUUGGCCAACCUUGCCCGCUAUUGAUUGGGGACUACACCGGCAAGUGAAACUACUCUACAAGAACUUGGACGAAUUCCGAAAAUACAAGGACAGGUCUCAGGCAAUGACACGAAAGAAGAAAGGGGCAGCGGCUACAGAGGAAUUCACUGGUGCAGUCAUAUACGUGGCGAAGGAAUACCCAGCACUACACCAGAAGGUUUUACGAGAGCUGCAAUCGAUGGAUGUAGUUAGCGGAUCUAUGUCUGAGAAAGACGUGAUCAAGGCUAUGUCAUCAUCUGAUAUUGUGAAAAAUGCUUCACCAUCAGACAAGAAGACGAUGCUCGCUUUUGCAAGCUUCCAACUGCGUGACGUCGCUGUUCUAGGCGCAAGCGCGUUGCUUUUGGAGCUGCCAUACUGUGAACUUUCAUUUUUGCGCUCAAUAGCGCCAUUUGUACAGAUGUCGUUGGAGGUCAAAGGUAUGAUGCAAUUAAUUUAG